AUGACCUUUUUGCUGGCAUUUUCAGCUCUAAUAAAAUUAUUCCUUAAACAAAAGGUAGAAAGCUUUCAGACAAAAUUUAAGGAGGACGACUGGAACCUCUUAACUGAUCUUUUUGAGAUGCGAGGCGCAGGACGUUCUUCUAACUCCUGGGGCGGCAGCGCAGGUCUCCAUGGCAACCCGGGAUGCGGGGCCCUGGCAGCCCGCCGGAGAGCCGGACAGGAACAGCGCGCCAGGCUGAAAGAGCUUCUAAAGCAGGAGGAGGGGCGCAGCUCCGAAGUGGGGUACAGCCUGCGUCUCUGCGACCAGACUUUGAUCCAUGCAAUAAUAAAAGCUCUAUCCAAGAAUCGGAGAAGCAGUGGCAUUCAUAUUCUUCAUAAACUGGAUAUAGAGACUACGAAACAGUGCAUACCGCCAGACUGGAUGAAAACCCAAAUGAAUAGUUCAUUUUCAGAUGAAUUAGGCCGUAUCACAGAUGCAACUGAUGAGGAACAAGAUGACUUACCUUAUGAUGAAGAUGUAGGAAUAACCUGUAAAUGCAAUAAUAAUUCAGAUAAUCUGAAUGACUGUACUUGUACAAAAGAUAUUUCUGGUAUUUUAAACUUAGCCUGUUCUGAAGAUAACAGAAACGUAAAAGCAACAGCAAGUUAUGAAACUCAUCCACAGCCUGAAGAAUUCUCCAGUCACCACAGAGAUGCCUUAGGAACAACGGGAAUUUCAGUUGAAGUGCCUGGAAGGGAGGCUGCCUUUAAGAGGGAAUUACCUGUUGGUAGUUUUAGUAAACCAGAUAGCAAAGAACAUCUAACUAACUCAAAAAUGUCCAAUGUCCUUUUGCGUCAUUUUUCUAAGGGAGAGCUAAUAAGCACCUGCCAGUUAAUUGAAUGCGAGACAAUACCAGAGACAUCCUUUACUGAAAGUAUCGAUGACACUCUGAACAAACCUGAGCCUUCAGAACACGUCAAAGGCCCUUUAGCACGUGAACAGUGCACAACUAACUUUGAAGAAUAUCACUUAGAAAAGCACAAGGAAGUAAAUGCUGGUGAUAAAAAUCAAAAUUUGCUAAAUGGAAACAGAUGCGUUCCAAAGAAACCUACUGCUUCUACUGUUACAUGUGGGUGCAGACAAGAAAAUUCACAAUUGGUUAACGAGAAUGAAGAUACACGCAUCUUUCAGAACGUGAAAGAAGAGAGGACCCUGUUUAAGGAAACAGUUUCACCCCACAAGCUCAAACACGGCCAAGGUCAAGCUCACUAUUGCCUUCCUGACUUCUCCAAAGUUUCUUCAGAAGUUGAAGUACCAAAAAGAAGUGACAAUAUUAACUCAGUUCCUACAACUGAAAGAGCAAAAUCCUUCCCUGUUUCGCUAAGUCAGUCGGUAACUGUGAACAACAUUCUGAAAAAUAAGAACUAUUUCAAUUCUGCUGAAGUAGAGAAUCGAGAAGAAAUGAGCAUUCCAGAGCUGUUGCAACAGCUAGAGAUGCUGACACAGCAUGCUGACACCCAGAAUCAUACUGACCAUCUGAGAUCGAAUCCUAAGGUAAAUCUCUCAGAACAGCUUACUAAUAACUCGCCCUAUGUAUUUUUGAAACUAACACUAGGAGAAAAGAUGUCUCGAAUACUAAAGGAUCAGACAGAUCAGCUGAUAAAGAAAGCAUUAAAUCAAUUGAAAAGAUACCUUGAUGCCUUGGAAAGGAAUUACUUAACAGCUAGAGAAGAGCACCGUAAUUUACAGCUGCAGAACUACAAGGACAAGUCUAUCAACAUUGGAGAGUUUGAUCCUGAAAGAAAGGUGGAAGGGGAAAUAUUUAGACUUGGCAUGCUGCUUGAAGACAUCCAAGAACAAACUGAUGACAGCAAAUGCAACUUGUCGUCUUUGCUUACUUCCUAUGAAUCUGCCCAUUCAUCAUAUUCUCUUUGUGAGAGGUGCCUUUCACCCGAGGAAAGAGAUGCUGCUGAAGGUCUUGCAUCCCAUAGUCAGGGUACAUUAAGUAAAAAAUUUAAUGCUGAUGAAGAACGUAUGAAAGGGCAAAACUUUGAGGCUGCCAAAACCUGCUAUUCAAGCACAUAUGAUAAAAGCAUCCUUUCACAUCAGUACUCACCCAGCAAGAAGUCUGCCCGAAGCAAAUCUGCAAUCAGCAUCAGAAACAGAAAUGCCAGUGAUUCCAAUGCAAAUAUUUUAAGUUCUACUCUGGAUCAUGCCAUACAGACAGCGAACAGUUUGAAGAAAGCUACAGAACGAAUGGUACAAGCGGUUUCAGAAGAUCUAGCUAAAGUUAAAAGAAAACAGCUUUAAUUACCCAGUUUCAAAUGCUGUAUUGUUUUGCUGGUUGAUACUGAAGUGUCAGUAUCUCUGCAAAUAUAAAAAGACAAAUACAAAGGUCAGAAAGUCAGCUAGCUGACUUUGCCAGCUGUUCUGUAACUAUCAGUACUAAACUAAGCCCAGAGCAUAUUGGUAUUCUACAUGUUUACACUCCGCCUCAGAACUGGAAAACAAAUCACUAAUUCUACUGAAAGUCUGUAGUAUGUUG